AUGGUUUCGGCCGCCGAGAAGAACAACGCCGUCGCCCACGACACCUUUGACGCCGCCAUGCGUCCUCCCUCGCUAGCCAUCGACGAUGCGCACCCCACGCUCACCAUUGCCGAGGCAGAGGAAGAGGAGAAGCAGCUGCUGCGCAAGAUCGACAGGCGUCUCGUCCCCUGUGUGUGGCUUAUGUACCUCUUCUCCUACCUCGACCGUAGCAACAUCGGCAAUGCCUAUACCGGAGGCAUGGGCGCCGAUCUCAAGAUGGACUCGAACCACUACAGUAUCGUCCUCCUCGUCUUCUUCGCCACGUACGUCACGUUUGAGGUGCCAAGCAACAUGCUGCUCACGCGUGUGCGUCCGAGUAUCUACCUGCCGACGCUCAUGUUCCUGUGGGGUGGUCUGUCCAUGUGCUUUGCCGCUGCCAAGAACUGGCAGACCAUCGCUGCGCUGCGUGUCGUGCUCGGUGCGCUCGAAGCCGGCUUCGCCCCCGGUGUGCUCUUCCUCCUCUCCAGCUGGUACAAGCGAGGCGAGCUCGCCCGACGAUACAGUCUCUACUACUCUGCGGUUGCCAUCUCGGGCAUGUUUGGCGGUCUCAUCGCCGGAGGUCUGCUGCAGAAGCUCGACGGUGCACACGGCAUUGCGGCUUGGAAGUGGCUCUUCAUCAUCGAGGGUGCCGCCACCUGUGGUGUUGCCGUUGCUGCUGUCUUUGUCCUCCCAGACUUUCCGGCAACAACUCGAUGGCUCAGCCCUCGCGAAAGGGCCAUCGCCAGCCGACGCCUUGCGCUUGACUCGGUCGGAAGCGCCCAGGGCGGCGACGAGGACAUCACGCACACGCAGGCAGCCAAGAUGGCCUUCUUCGACUGGCGAACAUGGUGCUUCGUCUUCCUGUACAUGCUCACGACCGGCAGUCAGACGAUCCAGUACUUUGUGCCCGAACUCGUCAAGUCGAUGGGCUACAAGGGCUUCCACGUGCAGUACAUGACGGCUCCGAUCUACGCCGUUGCCCUCGCCGCGAUCCUGGGCUUCUGCUUCUCGUCGGAUCUGCGAAAGGAGCGAGCCUUCCACCUGGCGACGGCUUCGGCCAUCGCGGUGGUCUCGUUUGCCUGCCUCAUUGGUGUUUUGGACCACAAGGGACGAUACGUGCUGCUGUGCUUUGGUGUUGCGGGUGUGUACGCAGCAUGCCCGCUGGUGAGCAUCUGGGUGUCCAACGCCAUCCCGCAUCCGUCCGAGAAGCGUGCGGUGGUGCAGGCGUUUGUCAACGGCAUGGGCAACUCGGCGAGCCUGUACGGCUCGUACCUCUUCAACAAGGGCGACAAGAACUACAACCGCAAGGGCUUCGGUGUCACCAUGGCAUUCAUGCUCCUCGCCGUCGUCAUGUCGCUCGUCAUCCGCCACCUGCUCGCCAAAUACCCCUACCCGGAGAUCCAGUCGGUCGGCGAUGCGGACUCGGCCAACAGCCCAGACUCCGGUAACGGCUCGCGCCUCAACGUCGACCACGACGACGUUAAGAACAAGGUCUAG